AUGGCAUGGACUCUUCUUCUGAUGACGUGGGUGCUGGCCGCACUCCACGAGAUGAGGCAAGAGAUGGGCCCCUGCCACAGGGGCAUCCUGGCUAUCGGCCUGCAGGGCCACCGCGCCCACGGCCUGUCAACGGUCCAGAUCCAUAUGACGACCAACCACGACGACCAGAGGAAGACCGGAACGAAGAAGGCCACAGAAACGAGCCGGGCAGGACGACGCCAGCGAGGCGAUGAACUGGCAGAGGCGAGAGACUUCUUUAUCAAUCUGUUUCGGCUCACCGGCACAUUUCUGCAAGAAUGGGCGACCUUCGAGUUCCGAGCCACUCAUGCCUACCAUGCCGGCGAUCGAGCAGCCCCGUCUGGCGUGGUGCAGCUGCUGGCAAGCACGCCACCAGCUGUGGCAAAGCACCUGGCCAAGCCUCAGGACUCACAGCUGGAAGCCUUCAGCCAGUGGGGAAGCCAAGCGGCUCAGCGCACAGAGGCUCUCAAUGGAGGUACCUGGUACAAAGGAGGGCAAAGCAGCCACGACCGCAAAGAAGCAGGCAUGCUUCAAGAAUUUAUGGCUUGGUGCGAAACGCAGACCAAAUAUGAUGCGAUUCUUUUGCUUGAGACUCAUUGGAGGGAAACCUCCGACUACCGGCCGUCUUUUGCAGAUCAAGCCCAGCAUAUUGCCAGCAAGCGUACAGUCACACUGAUCGGUGUGUACCAGCACGUCCACCGACCACAACUAGGCGCACACAAGAAUAAGGAGAUUCGGGGUCAGGUUUGGCACAAGCUACAGCAGCUCGUCGGUGCCAUUCCGACAAGGCACAUGAUGCUUAUUGCUGGUGACUUCAACUCAACCCUGCAGCCAGAAUACCCCUACGUUGGACCUGCAGCUCCUAGUCGGCAAUCGCAUAGCAACUAUGACUCGGCCUUUCAGGCACUGGUGCGAGACCACCGCCUCACAGCGGCCAACACAUGGCACUCCAGGCCGUCCCACACCUUCACAGCCCCGGGUGUUCAGAGUCAAAUCGAUUAUGUCAUUGUUAGACUGCAGGAUGCGAACAGAGGAGCCCGUUACUCCUCGCCCAUGUCGGGAUUCCCGGUCGGUGCCCAUCGCUGCACCAAUCAUCUGCCCUUACACCUGGAAACUAGCCUCCUCCCAUACGAGUUCCAGCCACAAUGCCGGCAUCGAUCUGCUUGUGCCCACAACUCCGCUGCUCUUCAAGCAGCUGUGCUCAGCAAUUCUGCCCAGGCUCAGGCCCUUUUGGACUCCGUGGAGCGUCGCCUCCAGCAGCAGCCGCCGAGCCCUGACUUGUGUGGGGAACAUGACGCAGUCAACAUCAUUCUCCAAGAGGAGACCUGCAAGUUCUUUCCUCCGACAGGUCGCAAGGACUGCCGGGUCAGUGCUCAACCCGAGUUCCGAGCCUCAGCCAGUACCACCUGGGAGUUGCAUAGGCGAUUCCGUCGCUCGGGGUUGUUGCUAGUUCGGAACAUCUUCGACCGCCUCAAGCACUACACUGCCUUUCUUCGAGCCUCCAAGGCCCUGCGCACACAGAGCAUGGCACUGAAAAAGCAAUUUCUCCAGGAUCGGCAGGCUGCAUGCCAGGGGGACCAGCGAGCUCUGUUUCAAGUUGCCAGGCAACUGGCACCACGCAGCCACAGGGGCACCAUCAGGCUGCAGGACCCUGCAGGCAAAAUCCUUGGAAGCAGUGCUGCCAUGGAGGCCAUUGUGGCCUAUGGCAAUGCCACAUUUGCGGCACGACCGGACUCCAUUCCACAAUUGCCCCAGCAAGGUACACUCAGUCUCGGUAGCCACACCUUCUCCACUGCCCUUAGCAAAUUGAAUGUUCGGAAGGCUGUCCCGGUGCACUGCGCUCCAGCCGCCUCCUGGAGGCUGUGCUCCUCCUGCAUCAGCGACCGGCUUGGGCCCCUGCUAGCCAGGCACUUCUCUGCUGGCUCCACAGCCCAACUGGUUGGGGAUCUCAGAGAUGCCCAUGUGGUGUGGUUAGAAAAGCCAGGCAAACCACCUGUCACGGUUGGUGCUCUGCGCCCAAUAGGGUUAAUGCCACCCUGUGCCAAGGCCAUCGCAGCAGACCUUGCCCAGCAGAUCCAGGCACACCUUCAACCUCUUCUUGAUCACAUGCCACAGUAUGCUUACAGCCCCAAUCGGGGCUGCAGCGAUGCUAUUUUGCGAGUUCACCAGCACUUUGAACAGGUGGAGCAGCUCCACCAAAGCCAGGCCAGCAAUAGAUUUAAUCUUCGUUCGGGAGCCACUCGCCUUACAUGCUUCGGUGGAAUGUGCUUAUCGCUCGACUUGUCAAAAGCCUUUGACUCGGUGUGUCGUGACAAACUCACUGAAUCGCUCCUUGACCACGGUGUCUCCCAAGAUGUUGUGGGUGCCAUACAACAGCUGCACAAAUCCGCACGGUAUGUUUUCCGCCUUGAGCAGGCCACCGGCCAAACUAUCACCACCUGCGGCAUCAAGCAAGGCUGCCGUGCAGCCCCUACGCUGUGGCUGAGCCUCACUCUCUCCAUUAUGGAGACAUUGACACAACGUCGCAGUCUUGCCUGGCUCCAUAGGUGCCUCACAGCCUUCGCUGACGACUUAUGCAGCUGCUGGCGAAUCACAAGCAGCAGUGACCUCCUCAGAGCCAUCAGUGACCUAGAGCUCAUUCUUGAAAUCCUCGCCCAGUUCCGACUGACUGUUAACUUGCAGAAAACCGCGCUCCUCAUGAACGUUCGGGGCAAGGCAGCACGGAAACUCCUAGCCGAACGAACCGUCCACAAACAAGGGGAGCCACACCUGCGAAUUCUGGUUAAUGGGCAGGAACAAUUUCUUAAAAUCUGCGAUUCGCAUGUCUACCUCGGCACUAAGAUUGCCUACAAGAAUCGCCGUGACCUCAAUGUAGCUCACAGGAUCUCCGCAGCCCAAAGCCGAUAUCAGCAGAUCCGAAAGGUUCUGAAUGGUCGCAACCCGCUCAGCACCAAGCAUCGCCUUAGACUCUGGACUGCCUGCAUCAAUAGCUCCCUCUUGUACUCCCUUGAGGUUGUAGGCUGCACCCUAAAAGGCCUUCGCAAGCUUCACGUGCUGUGCACCCGCCAUUUCCGGGCAAUCCUCAAACAACCUGCCCACCUCUCCCAUACCACGAACCAGGCUGUCUGGAGCACCGUUGGUCUGCCUACGCCUGACUCCCAGCUUGAACACCGCAUGCAGAGGUUUAAGGCUGCUAAAUCCCCGAACCUUUCGCACCACGGGCCGGACAUCAUCUGUAACGAUGAGGUUCAGCUGCAGAUGGCGGAGCUCCUCUCUCAUCACCGUGCGCUGAGCUCACAGCUGGAAGCUGAGCGCGCCUCCCCACAAACUGCUGACUUAGAUCCGGAACCCCUGCUAGGUGUAGUCUGCCCACACUGCGACCGGAAACUUCCUAGCCCCCAUGCCCUCCGCAUUCAUGUUGGGUUGCAUCACAAGGAUGUCAGCAAGGCUCCACGGCCCAGAGUCGCCUUCUCAGCUACUGCACACGCCAUUGACGGCAUGCCGACAUGUCGCCUGUGCCACAGAAGCUUCACGAAGUGGCGGCAACUGAAGCUCCACAUCGAGCGAUGCUCGUGCCCCCACCUUGGGGGUGCAAGUUUCAUACUUCAUCCCCCUGCUUCCGACAAUCACCAUAUGUCAGGUACCAGCCAGAACAUUGCGAAUGAGCGGGGCACCGCCCCGACCGACUCUUCCGACGCUACAGCACAGUGCGAAAAGGAGGCCUAUGUACCACUGAUUGCCCGACCUGAGUUCUACGGCAACCUCUCACGCUGGGAAACCCUGCUCUCCUGCCGUGACACUAAGGCUCAACUCUCCUGCAGAUGUGUUCUUUGUGGCAUGUGGAUUGCGACACCCAAGCAUAUGAAGCAACACUACAAUCGGACACACCAUACCUCAUUUCCAGAUCUCAGAGAUGCUGCCACUGCACUCUGUGCCACAUUCAAGAGCCAGUUCACCAGGAACCGUAGCUGCAGAUACUGUGGGACGAACGUCGGGGCUGCCUCCAGGCACUCCGUUCAGUGCACAGUCCUGCAUCAACUCUGUCUAGCCACGAUUUUCUGUCAACGUAACUUGCACCGCCAGGAUGUCGGGGACUCUGGAAUCGGAGAUCUUUGCUCACUGCAUGCCCACGGGGCAACUGGGAGCAAAGCCGGCCGGCUCCUCUCCAGCACCGGCCUCUCAGCCGGAACAGCCUCAGAAGCGUCCGAGGCCCGACCAGAAUACCAGGUUUCAGCCUGGAGGCUCGUGCGCGCUAAAAAUUUGUACGCGGAGACCUUGAUGGGCUCAAGACGUCCUGUUGGGCGCGAACAUAGGCCAUGUACCAAUUUUUUGUGCGCGGGGGCCCGGCAUUGGGAGCCGCAGGUGGCCGGGGCGGGGACGGACGGGCCCCGGCAAGGGUAG